AUGUCGUCUAUAGAGCACGAGCUCACUCGAAGUUAUACGGCAGAUGCGGAAGGUUAUACUGCACAGGCUAUUGAGCCUACGGAAUCAAGAUUGGACAAUCCACCAAAUUAUGAAGUUUACUGGGAAGAUGGGGAUUCAGAAAACCCCCGUCUCUGGCCGUUAUGGUAUAAGGGGGUUACCAUCGUGACAAUGAGCCUUGGAGCGACGGUUGUGAGUCUUAACAGCACUCUAUACACCUCAGGUAUUCCUGGCUUGGAGAAGGAUUUUCAUAUCUCAAAAUUUGUCGGCCUCUUGGGGGUCUUUACCUACCUUCUUGGCAUGGCGGGAGGGACCAUUUUCUUCGCCCCUCUCAGCGAAAUUGUCGGCCGACGACCGGUUUACUUGGGAUCCAUGUCGAUGUUCCUGAUACUAGUUCUCCCAAGUGCUUUGGCCCAAAAGAUUGAAGCCAUUCUUAUCAGCAGGUUCUUUGGGGGCUUCUUCGGCAGUGCGGUCAUGGGCAACUCUCCGGCCUCGGUGAACGAUAUAGUCUCCGAUAGACACCGAGCCAUGGCAUUCGGGAUCUGGUCUAUUGGACCAUCAAAUGGUCCGGUAUAUGGUCCCAUAAUCGGUGGCUUUGUCUAUCAAUAUCUUGAUUGGAGAUGGACGAACUGGCUUGUUUUGAUCAUUGGCGGUAUUGUCCUGGCUCUGAUGUGCUUCGUUAAGGAGACAUACGCACCCGCAAUUCUUCGAAAGCGUGUAAAGAGGCUUGAGAGGGAAACAGGUCAUUCUCAAUGGUGGACGCGCUAUGACAGUGGGGAAGUUCUGUCAACACGGGUUAAGAAUGGGUUAACUCGACCCUUUUUGAUGCUUGCAACGGAGCCAAUCUGUAUUUUCUGGGAUCUUUACGUCGCUAUUAUUUACGGCGCUCUUUACCUAUGCUUUGUUGCCUAUCCUAUCGCCUUUCAGACACAACGUGGUUGGUCACCUGGACUUGGGGGCCUCGCUUUCGUCGGCAUUGGAAUCGGCGUCUUGCUUACUAUCGCAUCGGAGCCACUAUUUCGAAAGGUGAUUAACCUUCACCAAAGGGACCCCGAAACGGGCGAGGUCAUCCCAGAGGCAAUGGCGAUUGUCGUUGUCUUUGGUGCUAUUCUCCUCGCCGUUGGCCAACUAUGGUUUGCUUGGACCUGCCAGCCCUCGAUUCACUGGAUUUUUCCGAUUCUGGCCGGUGUACCUUUCGGCAUUGGUAAUUCAUGCGUUUUCAUUUAUGCCAAUAACUAUAUGGCUCGCUCAUACGGGAUUUACACUGCAUCUGCGUUGUCGGGAAACAUGUUCUUCCGAAGUCUCAUGGGCGCCUGCCUCCCGCUUGCGGGUCCGUCUAUGUACGCCACGAUGGGGUUGAAUUGGGCAUCUACUUUACUCGGUCUUGUGGAGGCGGUUUGUGUUUUGAUCCCAGUUGUCUUUUACUUUUAUGGUCAUAGGAUUCGUAAGGCGAGUCCUAUGAUUCAGGCUAUGAAGACGACUUAG